GUAUUGAUUGAGCUGCUUAGAAACCACAGCUAGGAUCACUGACUGAGGUGAAUGUGGCUGAAUAUCAGACUUUCCGAGCCAUUUAUCAAACCAAGUCAAAGUCAAACAGCUUCGCGACUCAAACAUGUUGUUUAGACGACAGAGAACAGCUUAUAUUCAGCCACAUACACGGACAUAUUUGGUAUAACCUGUGUUAAAUUAUGUCAACGUUAGAUGUGCGACCUGAGUGUGCUGCCUAGAGCUUAUUACAAGCUGAAAAAUGGCCUGAGCUAGUCUGAGUCCUUUCUGGAAAUGUAGCCAGCUGUUUAUUUUACUGUGCUGCUGAUUUAUCCUGCUCAAUAAUAAUAAUAAUAAUAAUAAUAAUAAUGAUAAUGGAGACUGCUGUUGUCAGUGAGACAGAGGGUACAGAGGGUCAAGGUGCUGUUGUACCUGAACCUGAACACUAUCAAACAGAAGAACUCACUGCAGUGACCAGUGGAGAUGAAUGUAAUGUAGAAGACUGGGAGAGAAAACUUGGUGUAGCUUCCUCGAGUCCCAUUAUUGAGUUCUUUGAAGACACUGAAGUACCUGGCUUUAGAAAUGAUGACAUUGAUAGGAAGUGCUUCACAUGUUCUUACUGUGGACGAAAGUUUGCAAGGCGUCAGACGUUGGAGCAGCACGAGCGAAUUCACACCGGAGAGAAGCCUUUUCGGUGCUCUGAGUGUAACAAAUGCUUCAGACAGCGGUCAGCCCUGCGUGUUCACAGGAAAGGUCACACGGGGGACAAAGCCUUUGAAUGUUUUGUGUGCUGUAAGAGGUUUUACAGAUCAGGAGACCUGAAGGCGCAUUUGGGAAUUCAUACCGGUGUGAGAGAACACAACUGCUCAAUAUGCUUAAAGGGCUUUGGGCGUCCCAGUGAUCUGAGAAGACACAUGCAGACUCACGAGGCUGAACCUGCGCUAUUCGACGUAGACAAGAGUCCACACAAGUGCUCUCAGUGCGGGAAGAAGUUCACACGACGGGCACAGGUUGAAAUUCACCAGCGAGUGCACACAGGAGAAAAGCCGUAUCAGUGCACUCUGUGUGGGGAGAGUUUUCGCUGGAGACAGAACUUCAAAGCUCAUCAGCGUAAUCAUACAUGUGAAAAGCCUUAUCAUUGCUCAGACUGUGACAGACGCUUCACUUGCUUAUCAGCUCUGGAAAAGCAUCAGGUUAUGCUUCAUUCAGGAGUUCUGCUCCAGAACUGUCACCAGAGCACAUAUAAAGAUGACAAUCGACAUCAGUGCUGCCAGUGCGGGAAGAGUUUCAGCCAAGCGAAGGAUCUGGUGGUCCAUCAGCGAGUUCACACUGGAGAGAAGCCUUAUAAAUGCUCUCAGUGUGGGAAGAGGUUUCGUCAGAUAGGACAUCUAAAGGAACAUCAGCGGGUUCACUCUGGAGAAAAACCCUAUCAGUGCUCAGUCUGUUACAAAUGCUUUCCUUAUUCACAAUCCAUGAAAAAACACAUGCGUGUGAUUCAUGGAGCACUUCAACGUAACACAGAAGAAAAGAGCUGGAUGGAUGAUGUGGAAGAAGUUAAAAUCGGUUCAGCUCCAACCAGCCCAUCAUCAAUACACUCUGAUGACCCUGGAGCUUCUGAUGAGCUGCCAGGGCAUGGAAAAACUGAAGGCAGCUGCCUGCCUUUUGUGGAGGGAGCAGAAGUUAGCUUGGCUGCACCGUCAAACUGCUCUAAAUAUUCUGGAGUUAGUGAUAAUUGUUCACAGCACGUUAAAACUGAAGAGCGCUUCCCUUUAGAAGAGGAUGUUUGUUCAGGUCCUUCCAGCCCAGCAACAGAGUUCAGUAAAGACUGUGAAGUUCAUAACAACACUGCACAUCCUCUUAAAACUGAGAAGAAGUGCAUAAUGGAGGACGGUUCUGCUUUUUCUAGUCCAACAUCAGCGCUCUCUAAAUAUCCAGAUGUUUUUGAUCAACUUGGUGAGCCUCAUCAGAUUAAGGGUGAGGAGAAGUGCUUAACCAUAAUGGAUGACGUGGUGAGAGUUAAAAUUGGUUCGACUCCAGUUGGAGCUCUUUGAUGGGCCUGAUAUUUCUGGUAAACUGAAAGUCAUCAGCACCUUCCUUUUUUAGCACUUAAAGAUGUCCGUGCCAUUCUCUGAGUUGGAGAAGAUUCAAGGUGGCAGAGGAGUAUCUACUGAUACAUCAAGAUGCAAAAUCAUUUCAGCAGCUUUACUUUUUGAAAUAACUGAACUUGAAUAAAACUCCAUCCUCAGAGACUCACUGCCUUGGUGCGAGUUGGAGAUGUCAGCUGAGGAACCUGUGUCAACUACGAAAAAAGAUACACAUGAAAAAAGAACAGUUUAACAAACCAGAUUGCCUGAGCCACCUACCAUCCUGGCAGAGCUUCAUUAUUGAAAUUCCAUUUCCAGUGUUGUCUGAGGAAUACUUUCACCCUUUUGCAAGUGAGUACAAACCAGCACUGCAAUGAGAAGAAGGUAUUUCACACCUUCUCCAAACACGUCCCACCUCAACACAUUACGCUAGGUUGAGCCGCAUGGUAGAGAAACAUCUCAUAUGUGGAUUACCUUAAGACCAAAACCAGAGACAGCCGUCAUUAGUGUUUGAAAUUUUGAAAACAAGCAGUUCAUAAUCUGUUACAUCUUCUCUACACUACUGUGAUCUUCCCCACCAUCCACCAGCAAUAUAAUGAACUUUUGUUACGGUGAUUCUUCCUUCCUCCUAAAACCAGACACCAGUAACGAUACUGUACAUAUUUCUGUGUGACACACGACACUGCAGACUGUUCACUGAACCUUCACACAUCUGUUUUCAACCAUUUCUGUCCUGAUACAUGUUUUAUGUAUACUCUCAGUGUAAUGUUUUAUUAUUACAAAAGUAGCACAUGGUAUAUACUGGCAAAUAAAACAGAAUUAUAAACAUGAAAAAGCAUUUGGAAGACCCUGAAGUUAAAGUUGGUUCAGCCCCACUUAGCCAAUCGCAAAGCCUGAAGCUGCUGAAGAAAUAAGUAUGGACAGUUACUUAGACAAUUUGCAUUAUCCUGUGCCAAAAAGUGAUGAAGGAACUGGAUUUAGUAGAUGAGAAGAGGUAUGCAUUGGUUGUAUAUCAGCACGUCACCCUGAGUGAAGAGAAGUGUGCUCAGUCCAGCCAGUCUGAGUCUGGAGUUGCUCUACUGAGUGAGCAUCGAUGGUAUUUACUUACCAUGGUUCCCGAAUAACAUAUUUAAAAUGAAUCACAAAUAGAAAGUAAACGAGAAUCAUUGCUUUGACAAUUAAUCCGUCAUUGAUCCCUCAUGUUAAGUGAAGGACGUCCUUCAGUCCAGCACUCCAGGCCUGCUAGGCCACUGAAGACUCUACAUAUGCAGGUGGUGUUGUAGAUUAUCCCCACUGUAACCAUAGCUCACAACAACACUAUUCAGCUUUUAUAUGGUGAAGAAAGUCAGGUUCUUAUUCACUUUCCUGCUGGAUGUGCAUCCAGGGAACGCUGGUGUGGCCAGUUGAACGAGCGAACGACAGGCAGACAGACAAACAGUUGGCCUAGCUGAAUAGUUCAGUUUUGCCUGCUGGGUUAGCUUUCACUCCGCAGUAAGCUUUCUCUCUCUGUAGGUUUCUCUGAUUGAACAGGGGGAGAUCAUGGGGAAACACAGUUUUGUUAAAGCUGUGUGGACAGGACAAGCCAUGUUGGUCCUGUGAUUGGUGAGGGUAACGCUUACAUAAUCUUUACCCAAGAUUAGGACCGUCCAGUUUAACUGUAAGGGGAGAAUUUUGGUAGAAUACAUUGGCCAUUUAUUAGAGAUUGGAACAUUAUUCAUAGGACAUAGUUUGUACAUGUAUAGUUUGUGCCCACAAGAGCAAGUAUUACCAAAUAAAACAAAUGAAAUGAAUGAAAACGAAACAAUACUUUAAUCAAAGAGAAGAUUUUUACAAUAUGCUAGAACAUAAAGUGUGACCAUGUUUAACUUAAUGAUAAUUAUCCUAACCGUUUAUUUUAUUAUAGAGUUGUUUUCUUGGUUCCACUUUACAUCAACAGUGUAACU